AUGGCAAACCUAACUGCAUCUACCGCCUCGAUGGCCGGGGCUAAUGAUGGCACAGCCGCAGCCUCAGUUGCUGCUGGCAAGGGUGCUGAGAAAGGCACCAACACACUACUAAACCAGUUGGUACUGGCGUACAUGAGUCACAAUGGGUUCAGCAAAACUGCAGAGACCUUUGCAAAACAGACGGGCUCGGCACUGAGAGAAAGCAUAGAGUCCAUCGUUGCUAGGCAACGUAUGUGGUGUGGGUGCAGGUCGAGUGUGGUUUGUGAAUGA